UUUUGCGAUUGGCUAGUGUGGUGGUUCCGCUGAGGCGUGGUAGGAAGUGGUAGCCGUCAAUCACAAGGGAGACUCCAAACAGUGAGCCUGGAGCUGGAGAACAGCGUUUACCGGCGGAGCGGCCGGUUUUAUGAGUGAAGAUAUGGCUACGGAUUCUCCUAGAAGACCCAGUCGUUGUACUGGUGGAGUAGUGGUUCGCCCUCAGGCUGUCACAGAGCAGUCCUACAUGGAGAGUGUUGUGACUUUUCUGCAGGAUGUGGUGCCACAGGCUUACAGUGGAACACCUCUAACUGAAGAAAAGGAGAAAAUUGUUUGGGUCAGAUUUGAAAAUGCAGAUUUAAAUGAUACAUCAAGAAAUCUGGAAUUUCAUGAAAUACAUAGCACUGGGAAUGAGCCACCAUUGCUGGUUAUGAUUGGCUACAGUGAUGGAAUGCAGGUCUGGAGCAUCCCUAUUAGUGGGGAAGCACAGGAGCUCUUCUCUGUUCGACAUGGCCCAAUUCGAGCAGCUAGAAUCUUACCUACCCCACAGUUUGCACAAGUCCAUCUUAUUGCUGUGUAGAUCUAUAUUCACUUCGUACUGGGGAGAUGGUCAAGUCCAUUCAGUUUAAAACACCUAUUUAUGAUCUUCACUGCAACAAGCGGAUUCUCGUCGUAGUGUUACAGGAGAAAAUUGCUGCCUUUGAUAGCUGUACUUUUGCGAGAAAAUUUUUUGUUACAAGUUGUUAUCCUUGUCCUGGGCCAAACAUGAAUCCUAUUGCUCUUGGGAGCCGUUGGCUUGCUUAUGCGGAAAAUAAGUUGAUUCGGUGUCAUCAGUCCCGUGGUGGAGCCUGUGGAGACAACAUUCAGUCCUACACUGCCACAGUCAUUAGUGCUGCUAAAACUUUGAAAAGUGGCCUGACCAUGGUUGGGAAAGUGGUGACUCAGCUGACAGGCACGGUGCCCUCAGGCGUGACAGAAGAUGAUGCUACUGUCCAUGGUAACUCUCGGCGGAGUCCCCUGGUCCCAGGCAUCAUCACAGUUAUUGACACUGACACAGUUGGAUUGGGCCAGGUGAUCGUGAGUGAGGACUCUGAUGGCGACGGCAUUGUGGCUCACUUCCCUGCGCAUGAGAAGCCAGUGUGCUGUAUGGCUUUUAAUACAAGUGGAAUGCUGUUAGUCACAACAGAUACCCUUGGCCAUGACUUCCAUGUCUUCCAAAUCCUGACACAUCCUUGGUCCUCCUCGCAGAGUGCUGUCCACCAUCUGUACACUCUUCACAGGGGUGAAACUGAAGCCAAAGUUCAGGACAUCUGCUUCAGCCAUGACUGUCGCUGGGUUGUGGUCAGUACCCUCCGGGGUACCUCCCAUGUUUUCCCCAUCAACCCUUAUGGUGGCCAGCCUUGUGUUCGCACUCAUAUGUCACCACGAGUAGUGAAUCGCAUGAGCCGUUUCCAGAAAAGUGCUGGGCUGGAAGAGAUUGAACAAGAGCUGACGUCUAAGCAAGGAGGUCGCUGUAGCCCUGUUCCAGGUCUAUCCAGCAGCCCUUCUGGCUCACCCCUGCAUGGGAAACUGAACAGCCAAGACUCUUACAAUAAUUUUACCAACAACAACCCCGGCAACCCCCGUCUCUCUCCUCUCCCCAGCUUGAUGGUCGUGAUGCCGCUGGCACAAAUCAAGCAGCCAAUGACAUUGGGAACCAUCACCAAACGGACAGGGCCUUAUCUCUUUGGAGCGGGGUGUUUUUCCAUAAAAGCUCCAUGCAAAGUUAAACCACCUCCACAAAUUUCACCCAGCAAAUCCGUAGGCGGAGAAUUUUGUGUGGCUGCUACAUUUGGGACAUCCAGGUCAUGGUUUGCGAAUAACGCGGGUCUGAAAAGGGAAAAAGAUCAGUCCAAACAGGUUGUCGUUGAAUCUCUCUACAUUAUCAGUUGCUAUGGCACCUUGGUGGAGCACAUGAUGGAGCCCCGACCCCUCAGCACCGCCCCCAAGAUUAGUGAUGACACUCCACUGGAAAUGGUGACAUCCCCUCGAGCCAGCUGGACGCUGGUUAGAACACCUCAAUGGAAUGAAUUGCAACCACCAUUUAACGCAAACCACCCUCUUCUCCUCGCUGCAGAUGCAGUACAGUAUUAUCAAUUCCUGCUUGCUGGUGUGGCACCCCCUGGAAGUCCUGGGCCCAUUACUCGACAUGGGUCCUAUGACAGCUUAGCCUCUGACCAUAGUGGGCAGGAAGAUGAAGAAUGGCUUUCGCAGGUCGAAAUUGUAACCCACACCGGACCCCACAGACGGCUGUGGAUGGGUCCGCAGUUUCAGUUCAAAAUCAUCCACCCCUCAGGCCAAACCACAGUCAUAUCAUCCAGCUCAUCUGUGUUGCAGUCUCAUGGUCCGAGUGACACUCCUCAGCCUCUUUUGGAUUUUGAUACAGAUGAUCUUGAUCUCAACAGUCUCAGGAUCCAGCCAGUCCGCUCUGACCCAGUCAGCAUGCCAGGGUCAUCGCGUCCAGUCUCUGACCGAAGGGGAGUCUCUACAGUGAUUGAUGCUGCCUCAGGUACCUUUGACCGGAGCGUGACCCUGCUGGAGGUGUGCGGGAGCUGGCCUGAGGGCUUCGGGCUACGGCACAUGUCCUCCAUGGAGCACACAGAGGAGGGCCUCCGGGAGCGGCUUGCUGAUGCCAUGGCUGAGUCGCCAAGCCGGGACGUCGUGGGAUCAGGAACAGAACUUCAGCGAGAGGGAAGCAUCGAGACUCUGAGUAAUAGCUCAGGCUCCACCAGCGGCAGCAUACCAAGAAACUUUGACGGCUACCGAUCUCCGCUCCCCACCAACGAGAGCCAGCCCCUCAGCCUCUUUCCCACCAGCUUCCCGUAGGGGCCAGCUACCUGCUUCUGACCGGCUGGUCCACACCCGCUGGACGGAGGGGGAGAAGCACCCCUCCGGCCCUGCCCUCAGUCUCCGCUCCUCUUUCGUCAACCACCUGCCCUGAGCUUAGUGACAGCAGCCACCCACCCUACCUGGAUCGAGAAGAGGCCCUUCUCCAAAGCAGCUGCCCUCAAUGCACCCUGACUUCUGCUACUGUCCUGGGGGGCCGUGGCCAGGAGAGACUGCAGCAGCUCGGUCCCCUUCUCCGUUUGCACAUGAUGUCCAGCAUUGGACCUGCUUUUGUAUUUUCUAACCGUACCCAAAGGGGCCUGGAAGAGUGGCCAGAUCUUGGAGCCUGGGUGGGGACAGGGUGGAUGGUCCAGCCAGGCAUUUGGGCCCUGAAUGGACAGUCUCAGCCCCAGCCCACUCCAGGCUGUGAUACACACAGCCCCUGGCUUCCCUUGCACAGCCGCCCUCCUCCAGCAUGGGGUGAACUGAGGGCCAGAGUAACAGGGAGGGAGGGAGGAAGAAAGGGGGAUCCUCCCCUUCCUCCUUGGCUUUCCCCAGUGGCUCAUGGGAAGAAUUAGUCUUUCUUAUCUUUAAGCCCUUUUACCCUGGUCCUGUACUGUUCAGUGAAGGAAACUGUGGUUACUGAGGCCCUGUUGAAAAGUGCACGUCUCGUCCAAUAAAUCACGCUGCGAUUGGUGUCCA